CACAACCUCACUUUAGUCACAAGAUAUUUACGUGAAGAACUUCAUGUUCCUUCACUCCAAGGAGAACCCUUUUUUGUGGAAUCCACUGCCACAACUGAACCUUUGGACAUCCGUCAGCCACCUCCAUCCAGGGUCCUCCCCCCCGUGUCCGCCAGCACCUCCCAACCUCCCUCCGCCCAGUCCACCGCCCUUUUCAAUCCUGUUCAUCCCAGGACCCCCAAGGAUGCGAAGACUUGAGGUGUCUCAGGACAUCAGAAUCAUGAGGUAAACAUCCAUGUGACAUGUCCAGCCAAACGACCGAGGAACAUCUGAUGUAUCAGCCUUCCACCACACCACCACCAAGGUGGCCGGAUCUGGGCCUCGAGGAUCGGCUCCAAGCGCUGUGGGAGCACGUCUUGGGACAACAACAGGAGCAAGCCAGGCGGGAGGAAGAGAUCAUGCGCCUGCAAAAGCUCUUGACUCAGCAGCGCUUGGACAAGGAGCUGAAGCCCAACUGUUGGAGUUGUGAUCAAAACCUCUUGGACCUGGACGCUUACCUCCGUGCUUUGCAGCGCACUUGCAUUGCCACCACAGGGGAUCGCGGGGACAAGGCGGUCGUGGGGAAGAUCGCAUCGACCUUGACGGCGCUGGUGAAUGAGAUCGAGGAGUCGGGAGGAAAGGUCCAAACGCAGAUCAAGGAGUUAGCGGCCUACUUGGCCUGGGUCUCGGUGCAUUCGAGCAGCGCCCUGCGGAAGCUGGACGGUGCUUGAGACAGAUCUGGGCCCCACCGCCAACGUCGGAGAAGCUCGGCGAAGAGGUCCUUUGCCCGAGCAGCUGCCGAGCGGCACGUCGACACGGCCGCCUCCACCUGGCAAAUGCCAAGCGGAGCUGCCGUGGAGAAAUGAAAGAAAAUGGAGUGGGAUGGUGGAUCUAGGGUGCAGAGCUACCUUUCUAUUCUAUCCAAUGAGUGGGCGGUGUUCAUGUUGCCGAUACUUCACUUACAACACUCCUUGAAGAGCAUGAGUUCGCUUGCGCAAAGCCACCAGAAACAAAGGAUCUUAGGCUUACUGGAAGUGGAAUGAAACACCAGGACCUUCAGAAUGACCCC